GCAGCUGAAAAACACUGCGGAUUGCUGCAGUGCUGCUCCUGUUUCCUCUGAUAAAUCCUCUCCUCCUCCUCUAACUGCGGAUUUUCCCCCAUUAUUUUAAUCCUUCAUCCUGAGGGGAGGAUCUCUGCACAUGACAGCCUGUGGGAGGACAGCUGCUGCGGACCGAGGGUUGCCCUUGACUAGGGGAGGAGCUGGAGAGGACAGCGGGGGCCCCCAUCGCGCCCAGCACUGAUGGAGGGGACAUUGUGACGGAGCUGGACCGCCGGGGGAUGCUGGCCGGGCCCCGCAGAGGGACUUCAUCUCAGCCGGCCGUGGAGCAGCAGCAAAGGGGGAUCUGCUGGGAGCCCCGGUGAGGGAAGCCUGAAUGUUCUCCACCUUAGGAUUAGAUUGUGUCAGAAGGCAAGUGUGCAUGAGCAGAUAAACAAAGCCAGCCCAGACUGAGGUGUCUGCACUGCAGAUAAGCAGAAGCUGCAUCAUUUCUUUCUGUAUUGUUGUCCUAAUGUGGGCCUCCAGUUCUUAUUGAUUGUCCAGACUGGUGAUAACCAUCAUGGCAUCAGUGACUGAACUCUGACUGUGAUCUUGCACUGUGAGGUUUUUAGGCUUUGUUAGAAAUAAUGGCUGAGCAUGAGGAGGCAGAGUUGUCGGAGUCUCUUAGGAAGGAGGAUGGAUUCUCCAGUGAACCAGAAGAGCCGGGUACCAAUUUCAAAUCCAAAAGUUUGCCGGUCUUAAAUGAAGCAGCUCCCCAGGAGAAAACUUUACUGGACAGCUCCACAUGUAUGUCCAUAACAGCUGAAGAGAGCUCAGAGUUCAUCCGGCUGCCCAAAAAGACAGAAUCUUUCCAGUCUGAGUCCCCAGUGAGAUCCGGCUACCUGACAAAGCCUGGGAAGUCAUCUCUGAACAGGCCGAGCUCCUACAUGGAAAACACGGAGAUCCGUAGGAGUAAAACCUUGGCCAGUAGGAACCCCCCGAACUUUUUCACGUCCAGACUCGCUCAGAUCCGCCUGCCGAGCAGGAAGUACCUGAGCCUCAUCCUGCAGGACUCUCGCUGCUUCCUGUUCUGCAUGUGUUACCUGACCUUCAUCCAGUCUCUCAUGGUGUCCGGCUACCUCAGCAGCGUCAUCACCACCAUAGAGAAGAGGUACAGCCUGAGAAGCUCAGAAUCAGGCCUCCUGGUUAGCUGCUUUGACAUCGGAAGCCUCCUGGUGGUGGUCUUCAUCAGCUACUUUGGUGGAAGGGGUCAGAGGCCUCGUUGGCUGGCGGUUGGUGGGAUCUUCAUCGCUGUGGGCGCCGCUCUCUUCUCCUUACCUCACUUCAUCUCCCCGGCAUACCAAAUCCAGGAACUCAACUCAUCCUCGGCUAACGAAGGCCUGUGUCUGAACAGCAACGCCAGCGGCAGGGAUCGAGUCGACAUCACUUCCUGUCCCAGGGACCAGGAUGGCAACGAACAUCGGCUGUAUGUGGCGUUGUUUGUCAUCGCACAGAUCCUGGUGGGAAUGGGCUCCACGCCCAUCUACACACUGGGACCCACAUACCUGGAUGACAACGUCAAGAAGGAGAACGCCUCGCUCUAUCUGGCCAUCAUGUAUGUAAUGGGAGCACUGGGCCCAGCAGCUGGUUACCUCCUGGGAGGAGUCCUCAUUGGUUUCUACGUCGACCCCAAGACCGUGGUCAACAUCGACCAGAGCGAUCCUCGCUUCAUCGGCAACUGGUGGAGCGGGUUCCUGCUGUGCGCUGUGGCCAUGCUGCUGGUGAUAUUCCCCAUGUUCACUUUCCCCAAGAAGCUCCCUCCUCGACACAAGAAGAAGAAAAGGAGGAAAAAGCUGAGCCUGGACGACAUGUCCAGCGACGAUGACGUGCUGAAGGAGAAGAGCAACAACAGCAAGCACCAGACGGUCACAUCGUCCAUGGGCUUCGGCAAGGACAUCCAAGACCUCCCUAAAGCUGCAGUGAGGAUCCUCAGCAAUGUCACCUUCCUCUUCGUCAGCUUGUCCUACACGGCAGAGAGCGCCAUCGUCACCGCGUUCAUCACCUUCAUCCCUAAGUUCAUAGAGUCCCAGUUCGGGAUCCCGGCCUCCAGUGCCAGCAUCUACACUGGUGUGAUCAUCGUGCCCAGUGCCGGCGUGGGCAUUGUACUUGGCGGCUACAUCAUUAAGAAGCUGAAGUUGGGGGCUCGGGAGUCGGCCAAGCUGGCGAUGAUCUGCAGCGGGGUGUCACUUCUCUGCUUCUCUACGCUCUUCAUCGUGGGCUGUGAAAGCAUCAACCUCGGAGGGAUCAACAUCCCCUACACCACCGGGCCGACGCUCACCAUGACUCAGAGGAACCUGACAGGAGGCUGUAACGUGAACUGUGGAUGUAAGAUCCACGAGUACGCUCCGGUCUGCGGCUCCGAUGGGAUCACCUACUUCAACCCCUGCCUGGCCGGCUGCAGCAGCGUGGCCAACGACAGCAACGGGAUCCGGAACUACUCAGACUGCGCCUGCGUGCAGAGCCGACAGGUCAUAACGCCGCCGUCCAGCGGUCAGGGCAGCAACCAGCUGCAGCUCGUCAUCGUCAAAACCUACCUGAACGAGAACGGCUAUGCCGUGUCAGGGAAGUGCGAUCGCACCUGCAAUACCCUCAUCCCGUUCCUCAUCUUCCUCUUCAUUGUCACGCUCAUCACCGCCUGCGCCCAGCCCUCUGCCAUCAUCGUCACCCUCAGGUCUGUUGCAGAGCAGGAAAGGCCUUUUGCUUUAGGGAUGCAGUUUGUUCUCCUCAGAACUCUAGCUUACAUCCCAACACCAAUCUACUUUGGUGCGGUCAUUGACACCACCUGCAUGCUGUGGCAGCAGGACUGCGGCGUCCACGGCUCCUGCUGGGAAUACGACGUCACCUCCUUGAGGUUUGUUUACUUCGGCUUGGCCGCCAGCCUCAAGUUCCUCGGCUUCCUCUUCAUUUUCCUCACCUGGUACUCCAUCAAGUACAAGGAGGAGCGGGUGGAGCGCUGGCUCAAACGGCAUCUGUCGCCCGUGGACACCGUCGGGAGUCUCGUGUGCCACCCGGGGGGCCAUAAGGGCCACGCCCGCACCCGCUCCUGUCCUGUCAACAUCCCACGCACCGACCAUGCUAUGCCUCACAUUAACGGCCCUCUGCGCGCUGGCGCCCUUAACCGAGGCGUUAGUACACAGAGUUGUCCUGGCAAUGAGCUUAAAGCAAUAACUCCUCCCCCUCCUCCGGCAGGUUCGCCUGCAGCAGCCGCCUCCACUCCCGCUCCAGCUCGCUCGCUGGAACACGUUUCAGUCAGAGUUUAAAUCCUUGAAACUCAGCCCAGAACCGUUUUUUGGCCCAUGACUCCCCUGUCUUGGUCAGAACCCAUCCAGAGGCCCAGAUUUAUUCAAAUGUUGGGCAGACCAGAGAGCUCAGAGAGCUUUAUGUGAGGGGAAAAAAAAAAAAAGAGAGAGAGAGAGAAAUCUGCUUGAGAGGUUUUCUUUGUGAUGCAGCAGCUGGUGCAUUGAGCAGAGAAAAGCUCCCGUCUGGAUGGAUGGUAGUUCACUGAUCAUAAAUCCCGCCCACACCCCGGCUACAUGUGCCUUCUGUCACUUCAGCCCUCACAUGUGCAGAACAACCAGAAAUCAGCCCGACAGACUAGAAGACUCUCCUGAAUGGAUACCUCAGCUUCCCCCUAACAUCUGCGUACUACUUCUUCUUCAUUUUCUGUUUUUCUGUCUUCACCGUCACGCAAGCAAUGUUUGUCCUCUUCAGAACAAAAAUUAUUUAAAAAAAAGAAACAAAAAAAAAAACUCCUGGAAAUGUGAUACAGGAUGAUUUAGUGUCAGGAACUGGAAACCGAUGGCAUGGUGCUAUGUGAAAACAGUGUUUAGAGUCCAGGUUUUCUCUCUUGUAUGUUUUAACAGUCUAAAUGCAGCUUGCAGGUCAGCAGGCCGAGCAGCAGAACAGGUUUCUGUCCAGUGGAAGGCCUUUUGUUGUUCCCUCUAAGGGGAGGAACCACUAGUGGUCUGGUUUCCUCUUUGCCAGCUCUGUCCAUUGCAUCCAUUCAUCUCAGCAGUGUUGCACAACCCACUAAGCUGCUCAUCCUGAGCAGAAUAGGAUCAGCAUCUGUCCUCCUGAAUACAAUCCUGGAGAAAUGAGCCACAUGCAGUCUGUUGAUUGAGGAAAGGAAGAAAGCUAGAAGGACAUUACUAAGAUAUUCUAUUGAUAACAGAAACAUUUUUACUGAAAACAAGCAGCUGAGCGCCAUGAAGCGGUCCUGAUGAAGUUAUCUCCUCUUUAUCAGCAGUGAAAGGAGUACGCUGUCUAAAUAUGCAGGCUGAGAGCUUUCCUUCCCUCCAUAAUGGCAGUUACAUUUUUUUUAGUCUCUAUUGAUCUUCCUUUUGGAAAAAAUGAGAUAAAUUCUCAGUAUCACACUUUGUGAUACUGUUCACUACAGUCUCACACAGAAUGAGCUCCGCUCUUAUCAGUCAAAAGCAGCUGGAUCGAAGUAACAGAACAAAAACCUCUCAGUCUGAAAAUCAUUUAUGAUGCUCCUAUCCUCUUAGUGCUCACAAACAAGGUUUAUCCACACUAAGUUGCUCUGCUGCAAGUCUGAACAGGUUUAAUUUCAGCUUGAGGAAAAAUUCCUGCAGAUCUUCUCUGUCUAAGAUUUCCGCAGAAUCGCUUAGAAUGCAAUCUAAAAAGUAUGAAAUUAAAUUAAAAUGGUCAUUAUUUAGGCACAUUAGGUGAGCAACAACUUUAUUGCCCCUAGCAAGUAGCAGAGAUAGCUGUGGCGCAAUUUGGAGGUGUGUUAAAUCUCAAUUUUAAAAACUUAGCUAGAAUAUAAACCUUAGAGAAUAAUGCUUUAUCUUUUAUAGUUGAGCCUUUCUUUGUUUAAUAACCUUAAUUAGUAUAUAUUUUUUUAAUCUAGCUGAUCAAUUAGUAUUUGCUUAGCAGUUGUUUCGUUGAUAAAUAUUUAGAUGAAUAAGGCCUAUAUAGAGCACUGGAUGGGGUUACGCCAUUUUAUAUGAGUGUCCGAAUGUCGAGUGGAUGAAAAAGUAGUGAACUCAAGAUUUCCUACGAUGCGUCUUGAAAAGUAGUUUCAUCCAUGGUCACUAGAGGAGCAGAUAUAUCUCAAAAGGCUUUGCAAGAGUUCUCCUUACAAAGCAUUAUGGGAUUUGUUUUCAGGGCGAGAGAGAACAAAGAUGGUGCAGGCCAGGUGCGGGGAGACAGAGUCACGUGACCAAUAGGGAGCGAAAACUCGUGGUCAUCUCAUCUGUUAGCUGAGUGCGCUAUAAAGCCCACUAUAUAGUCUCUGCUCUAUAUAGUGAUCGAGGGGUUAGGGCGGACGUUCAGACACAGCUAUAAUCUCGUGCAGUACUUUUAGAAGUUAAAUGGUAAGAUUUUCAAAAAAGGAAAAGACUUGUUGAAAUAGUCCCGAUAUGCAGGAGUACUGCAUGCAUAGCAUACUGUUUUAUAAUCACUUUUGUGACAAUUCAAAAUAAGUGCUUCUCAAACAGGUUCGGGAAACUGCUCAAAUAAGAAGAAGCUGUUGCUUUUUUUUUUUUUUUUAUGUAUCAUUAGGCUGUACUUAGAUGUACUACGAUUAUUUCCAGGUUAAUUUCCCAUCAGUUAUAUGAUGUAGCUGCAGCGCCAAGAUCAUUGUAGGGUAGGGCCAUACAAUGAUCUGAGGUAAGGCCAAACAUCAAACUGAAAACAACGCCACCCAGUAUUUAUUUCAAAGAGUACUAGAAACUCUUUUGAUGAAGUAUGCUAAAAGACUAAAAUAAGGCGAGCAUUGUCAUUAACCAAUAAAACGUUAAAAACUAUUACCCACUUAAAAACAUUAAAAUAAUUGGGCCUAACACUAAAUGAUACACUAAAAUGUAAAAUUGUAAAGGGUCAUGAAGAAGACCAGAAACACAGAGGCAGAGUUUGGAGCAUCUGUGUGUAGUCUUCUUCUUCUUCUUCUUCUUCCAGCUGCUGUAGUGAGCAUCCCGUACGGGAUGAUGGUUUGCCACAAACCAAUUCUGUCGACAGUGAAGUAAAACUCAGGGCAGUCCCCUGUCCACACCACACACAAGUUUGCCAACUGCAGCAGCUGGCACAUUGUGCCAGGUUAGUGAAGUGUCACUAAUGCCCAUGGGCAGAGAAACUCUUCCCAACGGUUGUGAGGAUCGUCGUACCCUGGCUUCACCCCGUCUCUCAUGCAGCUGCAUCUGCUGCUCAGUGUUGUCUCCACUCUUCCGUGCCAUCGCCCUUUCCCAGCCUUUUAAACCAUCUCCAUGAAAUGCUGCCUUAAAUGGCCUUUCAAACUCAUUGCUUAUUGGGCAACAAUGUACCACACGUACAAAUGCUCACAGGAUUAAAAACAGGAAGUCAAAAUGCACAAGUAGUAUACUAUGAAAACACUUUGAAAAUAUCACUCUGAAAUCAAUAUACACAACAUACAAUGCAGAGGGUGCAGUGCUUAAUAGUCUUCCUGUGACGAAUCCAUCCUGUCCUGCCUACUGUGGAAUCCACAAACAAAAACAUGGUAUUACUUACUGUAACAGGAAAUUCCACAGGGAAAAACAGGAACUAUGGACAGAUGCUGGGCCUCAUUCCUGCAUCAUUUUUUAAGUGUUCUUCAUGUGAAAAAUGUCGGACGCUGCUGAUCAGUCCUCAUACAGUAGAGCGUCAUCUAUUUAAGCAGAAACAAGUAAAGUGUUAAAGUUAAAUCUUUUAUCAUAAUUAAAUCUCGUUUGUAAAGGACGCCAGUCCCUCCUGGAGCUGAACCUGAUGCUACACAGAAAACUUUCCACUUACAGCUGAUUACAAACUACAUUUGAGAUAAUUAUACAACAGAGCAAUAAAAAGGUUUUGAUACAGAAAAGUGGGCUUGAUGUAACAUAUGAAUACCCACUUAAAGGUUUGUAUUGACCAUUGGUAAUUAUAAUGCGUUAAAAUUAGCCUUAUUAGAGGGGAUAGUCUGAUUUAUUGAAUUUUUCUCCUGAGGUUUUCUUAUGUGGUUUGGAAUCCUGAUGGUGGUAAGAAGUUCUAUCUAGACAUGUUUUUGUGGCGGCAGGGUUCAGAAGGAAGCUCCUAGGCAAGGAUCUGUAGAUCCCCCACCUCCUAGUGGCUGGCACUCUAUUGCCGAAUUUACACCACCCCUCUGAAACCGAUCCGUGCCGAGAUCGGACUGAGCCUGGAUCAGUUAACCGUGCUGAGCUUGGUUCCUUACGACCAUUUACGCAUCACGCUAGCACGAUUCCUUGCCUCCUAU